UUCAUCAACAACUUCCUCCAAACUUCCUGAGACGCGCAUGCGCAAUACCACCUCUGUCAGACAGCAGCAGCCUGUAAACAUGGCUGGUGUUGGUUUCAGACGGUGGGCCCAAGCCCUUUCAAAGGGCAAAGGGUCUGGCAUUUCAGCCCUUUUGUCGGGAAGUAGAGCAGCCUCUAGUGCGUCUAAAGAUAGUCUACCUGGUCCAUACCCGAAGACUCCCGAGGAGAGAGCUGCUGCUGCAAAGAAGUACAACAUGAGGGUAGAGGACUACGAACCACAUCCCGACAACGGCGAGGGCUAUGGUGACUACCCAAAGCUGCCAGACAGAUCUCAGCAUGAGAGAGACCCUUGGUACCAAUGGGACCAUCCUGACCUGAGGAGGAACUGGGGAGAGCCGAUACACUGGCAUUUUGACAUGUACAUCCGGAACCGUGUGGAUACAUCUCCUAGUCCUGUGUCUUGGUCCACUAUGUGCAAGCAACUGUUUGGCUUCAUCGGCUUCAUGUUGUUUAUGUUCUACGUUGGGGAGAAAUGCCCAUCUUACCAACCUGUUGCACCGAAGCAAUAUCCUUUCAACAACCUGUACUUGGAGAGAGGAGGAGAUCCUGAAAAAGAACCAGAGGACGUCAAAAAUUAUGAAAUCUAAUGAGUCUGAUUCUACUUGUGUACAUAUAUUUCUGUCAAAAAUAAAGACUUAUGGUUACAGUUGAAA